AUGGAACAUGCCCACAACCUUUACAAGAAAGAUGUUGAUUUUGCAGCCUUGGCGCUACAAUCGCGCGACUUCGCUAAGUACUUGAAACCAAACAACCAGCUGGACUUUACCGAUCCAGCCGCUGUCCGCCAGCUCACUACAACCCUGCUGCAACAGGACUUUCAUCUUAAAGUUGAAAUUCCCGAAGAUCGGCUAUGUCCGCCGUUUUACAAGGAUGUGUCUGACGCGCAGAUUAGACUCAACUACAUUCUCUGGCUUCAAGCCCUUAUCGACUCGACUGCAGGAGGAUUGAGUGAGGGGUACGAUAGAGAUAGAGAAGUUGUCGGCCUUGACAUCGGAACGGGAUGUAUCGGGAUUUACCCUCUCUUAGGCUGCACAACACGGCCCGGUUGGAAGUUUGUAGCCACUGAUAUUGACCCGGACAACCUCCGUACCUCUCAGCAUAAUGUUACCUUGAAUAAUCUCGACUCACGGAUUCGAAUUAUAAAUUCCGAUCCCGAUGGCCCACUCUUUCCGCUCGAGAAACUCGGCCAUGAAACCCUCGACUUCACCAUGUGCAACCCACCUUUCUACACAUCGCGCAAUGAAUUAAUUGAAUGCGCUAAACAGAAAAAACGACCUCCCUUUUCAGCAUGCACUGGCGCCGAGGUGGAAAUGGUGACCCACGGUGGGGAAGUUGAUUUUGUGAGAAAAAUGAUCGACGAAAGCCUGCAUCUGCGUGGCCGCAUUCAGUGGUAUACAUCCAUGCUAGGAAAGCUGAGCAGCAUUUCUGUUCUUGUUGAGACAUUGGUCAAGCACGGUAACCAUAAUUUCGCGGUCACCGAGUUUGAGCAAGGGAGCAAGACGAAACGGUGGGCAUUGGCGUGGUCUUGGGGAGAUCGAAGACCUACUAUGGAUGUGGCGAGAGGAAUCCCUAGUUUGCCCAAAAGUCUUUUUCCAUUUCCAGCUGACUACACGUUCACACUUCCAGCUGAUACGUCUAUCGAUGCAUCCAGUGUCAUCCUAAACAAAGAGCUCGCUUCUCUACCUUGGUAUUGGAGCUGGGAUCAGCAUAGUUCUGCGGGCACAGGAUUCGCCUCCGAAAAUGUCUGGUCAAGACAGGCGCGGCGGAAGAUGAAGCUUGCCGGGGAUAAGAAUGCAGUCAAGUUGAAGGAGAUUCCAGACAAAGUAGCACUAGGUGUACGUGUGUAUCUACGCCUGACCCAAGGAGACAAACCAGAGGAACAGAAGGUUCAGACUUUGGUGCGGUGGGCUCAAGGGACGGACACCGUUCUAUUUGAAAGUUUCUGUGGGAUGGUGAAGAGAAAAAUGGAAGCGAGAUAA